CAUUUCCAGUGUGCACGGAGGAGAACGCAGGUGUGAAGAAAUACCGAUAAAAUGGAAGUUAUAAAAUGAAACCUUCUGCAAGACCAAAGGCUAGUGGUAUACCAUGUCUGAAAAUACAACAAGGAGGCAGUGGUCUAGAUCAUGCAUUGAGGGGGAAUGUGGUGAGAAAUAAUGGAAGAACUAUUGUCAGACCAGGUGAACUUAACAGAUUUAAGACCCAAUUUGGGGAACAGGGUAAUAGUUUAAAACCGCAAACAGGGGAAUGGAAUAGCAGAUCUAGAACAAAAUUAGUGGACCAGGACAAUAGAUUCAGAAACCAAAUAUGGGACCAGGACAGUAGAUUUAGAAAACAAACAGGGAUACAGGAGAACAAAUUUAGAAACCAAAUAGGGGACCAGGACAGUAGAUUUAGAAAACAAAUAGAGGAACAUGAGAACAGAUCAAAAAACCACAUAGGGGAACAAGGCAAUAGAUUUAGAACCCAAAUUGGGGAACAGGAGAACAGAUUUAGAAACCAAACUGGGGAACAGGCCAAUAGAUUAAGAAACCAAAUUGGGGAACAAAACAGAUAUAGAAACCAAAGAGAGGAAGAGGACAGUAGAUUAAGAAACCAAUUAGGGGACCAGAACAAUAGAUUUAGAACCCAAAUUGGGGAACAGGACAACAAUUUUAAAAUUCAAAUAGGUGAACAGGACAAUAAAUUUAAAAACCAAAUAGAAGAAAAGAAUCAAAUUGAAAAAGAGCAGAGAAUAGUAUUUGAUGGAGAAAGAACUGUCAAGAUUGAAAAAGAGAGUAAAGGAACAGAGGAUGUGGAGAAAGAAAAAGUACAAGUCAGAGACUGUAUUAAAACAGAACAUGGUAGAUCACUCCAACAUGACAAUGGUGGGACAGGGGAGCAGAGUACAGAAAUGGUAGCUAGUGAUGGCAAAGUAUCUUGUGACCAGACAGAUGGAACCAGUAAUAUAAUUCAAAAAGAAGAAAGCUAUACUGCUAGCAUUAGUAUAGAACCAGCUGUGUAUAAAUUUGGAGGUGAAGCUAAGAUUCGUAAACUUCCCACUCCGUUAAAACAUAAGUCGCCCGAUAUUCCAGCAAAAAAUGAACUGUCACAGAAUGCUAUUGGAAAAAGAGUUAUGAUGGAUUAUCCAAUCAGAGGCACCAUUUCUCCAUUGUCCGACCAGGCAAUUAAUCAAAAGUCAUUUGUUUUUGGUCGACCGUCUUCCCCUGUCAACCAUUUAGAUGUCCAGAGAUGUAAAUCUCCACCAGAUCAGUCGCGACCCUUGUCACCCUUAUCAGAAAGCUUAUCAAACAGAAGAGCCGUGUUUGGUAAACCACCAAAAUAUGUUCCUCCGUCAAGCCGUAGUGCAAAACCGGGAGCUUACGUAAGAACUGGAGGGAUUUGUGAUCAGUGUAAUAACUGCCUCCUCGACUUGAAACGUCAAGCUGUGAGAUUAAUGAACGUGGAGAAGUCAUCAGCCAAUAAGGUGUUAGAUGUAGAUAAAAUAGGGGAAAAGCUUCAAAUCUCAGACAAUAAGGCACAGAGUAAUGGGCACUGUACUACAUGUGACACAAAUCUACAACACUUGAAGCAAGAGGCCCUGGCAAUGGUCCAGUGUAUACAGCAGGCCCAAAGUGAAGGUCCAAAGUCUGUCAUUAGACCUCCAAACACAUAUGCAAGGUACACCAAAAGUAAAAGUCAGCCGUUGCCAGCCAAUGGUCAACCUACCCAUCCUAAUCAAGCCUGGAAGUCUGUUCAGAACAAUAACCACAUCUACGAAGAACCAAACAUGAACGUGGAUCAACAACAUAGUGGAUUAAAUUAUGGACAUGUGGAUAUGUUAAAUAAUUAUUCUGUGACUGGAAUACCUUCUUACAUGAGGAACCAGUAUUAUUCACAGCCUCCAAACUUACCUCCGCCAAAUCCGGGAAUGUCAACUAAUAUACCUCACUACAACCAGCAAAAUUUUAAUCAAGCAAUGGGAACGCCAUCAAGUGUUCCGCAAUACAACCAACAACAUUUUAAUCAAACAAUGGGAUCACCAUCAAAUAUCCCUCAAUACAACCAGCCAAACUUUAAUCAAGCAAUGGGAUCGCCAUCAAAUGUUUCUCAAUACAACCAGCCAAACUUAAAUCAGGCCAUGGGAUCACCAUCAAAUGUUCCUCAUUACAACCAGCCAAACUAUAAUCAAGCAAUGGGAUCACCUCAAUACGGUCAACAUCAACAGAUAGGUUCGCCAAACAUGCCUCAGUUCAAUCAACAAAUGGGUUCUCCUCAAAAUUUACCUUCCUUUAAUCAACGAAUUGGUUCUCCGCCCCCAGGAUCAUAUCAGCGCAUGAUGUCACCUCCACCAGGAUAUUCUUCAAGGAUGUCAUCACCGCCACCAUCAGCAGCUGCGUCCUUUUUUGCCAGAGCUGCACAGAAGCUGGGAAAGAAGAAACGGCGUCACCAAGCAACACAACCAGACACACCUUCAUUUCCGACAAAGUUUUACGAGGUCGUGAGAACAAACCCGCCUCCUAUUCCACCAUGUUUGUUGCGAACUGUUGGCAGGGUACAGAAUCCUGGUGUUGGCAAGGUGAAGGUCAUGUUAAAGAUAUGUCCAUCAACCCAUCACAGUGACCAAGGAACUUCCUUCCUAUCUAUAGAUCCUCGUAGAAAACAGGUCACAGUGUUUGAUCCUACAGCCAGCGGUAUCCCUACAUCUGCACACAGAAAAACAUCAGCUCCAAAAAUGUUUGCCUUUGAUGCUGUCUUCUCACCUGAUGAUUCACAGAGUGAAUUAUGUUCCAGUAGUCUGACAGAAAUUAUACAGGGCGUGGUCGGUGGUGCUGAUGGCUGUGUGUUUACAUACGGUCAUUCAAAAAUAGGAAAAUCAUACACCAUUGUAGGAAGUGACAAAUCAGCCCAGACUUUAGGAAUAAUACCUAGUGCCAUUACCUGGCUUUUUCGUUUGAUCAAUGAACAAAAGGAUAAAACUGGUGCCCGGUUCUCAGUGAGGGUAUCUGCAGUAGAAGUAACUGGAAAACAGGAAUUGCUGAGAGAUUUAUUGAGUGAAGUUGCUCAGGGUACUGAAUCUGGACAGGGAACAUCACCAGGAGUAUACCUAAGAGAGGAUCCUAUUUGUGGUACACAGCUAGAAAACCAAAGUGAACUACGUGCACCCACUGCUGAGAGAGCAUGCUACUAUCUUGAUGCUGCCCUGGCCACCAGAACUGCUCUUGAGGAUGAUGGUCAGUCAUCACAUAUGCUAUUCACCAUACAUGUAUAUCAGUACAGAAUAGAGAAAGCUAACCAAGCAGGAUUACCUGGAGUUGCUGGUGGCAGGAGUAGGUUACAUCUGAUUGACCUUGGAAGUCCUUCAAGAGGCAAAGACCCCAAUGACACAUGCCUGAAUUUACCUGCUCUUGGAAACGUCAUUAUGGCAUUACUGAAUGGGCAAAGACAUGUUCCUAACAGGGAUAGUAAAGUAGCACAGCUUCUGAAAGACUCCCUUGGAAAUAUUUCAUGUCGAGCAUGUAUGAUAGCUCAUGUGUCUUCAUCAGUACAUAACUACAAUGAAACAUUACAAGUCAUACAAUUAGGGGCCAGAAUACACAGGAUGAGACGAAGAAAAACCAGAUUUUCUGGAACAAGUUCUGAUGACAGUUCAACAGAUGAAAGUCGCUUACGACGACCUCUUAGGGGAUUUCGAAUGGGAACAUUACGGGAAGACAUGGUAUACACAUCUUCCUUAUCAGACCCUGAUUACACAUCAAGUAGUGAACAGUCAUGUGAUACUGCCAUUUAUCUCGGUCCUAAUGGACUAUCUCUAAGUGACAGGGAAGUUACUGACAAUGAGGGACCACCUCGCUCUGUACCUCGAACUAAUCCACGACUACCACGUCGACCAAGUGGAUCAAGGUCAUCAGGGGACGAAGGGUCAGCCUCUGAUAGUGGUAGGAGUAAUACCACUGAGUUGCGAUAUUAUCACAACAUGAAUAAAUUACCAAUGAGAUCGUCAGAAAGUCCAGAGGUUUUGUCUCCACCAUUGUCACCAACCUUGGGACUAGUUCAUGUUCCAAAGAAAAGUAAUAUCAGAACUAGGUUGUCAAGUUCAAAGGAAGAGAAAAAUCGACAAGUUAAUCCACCGAAGGAUAUAAAAGGUGAACAAUGGAUAGAUGGACCAGGUGCGAAUGUUCAAAAACGACCAGAACAAUGGAUAGAUGGACCAGAAGCUUUCUUCAAGAAACCAGAAAAACAAGAAACAAAGAAACAUCUUUUCAACCCUAAAAUGAAUGCUGAAGAGCAGUGGGUUGACGGUCCACGAGAAAUGUGUACAGGGUCACAUGCUAGCAAAUCUGGGAAAUCUGAUCCAAAGCACAGUAAGGCUAAAUCUAAACUAGAAAGACCAGAUAGCACAGCCAGUGCAGAAAGUAGUUCUUCUUUAACACCUCAGGUGUCAAAUUCAAGACCAACAAGUAUAAACGAUUCAGAUAAUAAUGUAAAGCCAUUUGUGAGAGACUGGGUAGAAAAACAUAGUUCUGUUGGAAGUGAAAAUUUACAAAUAGAAGGUGAUAUUGAGGCUACAGCAGAAACAAAAUACAGGAGACCUAAACCUGAAAACAAAAAGAAAAUGUCUGUGUCUACACCCAAACAUUCACCUAGACACUCGCCUAAAAAUUCACCGAGUUUGAAACGAAAAGAAGGAGUGACACAAAAUAAUCUGACUAAGUCACAACUUCCUUCCUCAACAAGUACCACUAAACGUGUCACAGAGUGGUUACGAUCAGUUUCUCUGGAACAGGAGGAAAAUUCAGAGGAAAAACAAUGUAAACCUGCUGAACCUGAGGUUCAUAGUACCGCAGAUGCAGGUUGUCCUGAUGAAAUGGCAAACAUUGCUGAUAUAAGUUUCGAUAGUAGUGCCGACACUGGGGAGUUCAGUAAUGUGAUCCAACAUAACCGUGAUUCAAUUUACGAAAUUCAGGUGGAUGAACAAUUAGAGCAUAACUGUGGUACAAAUGAUGUGGCUGAUGAUGACACAUUUAGUAAUUUGUCAUGUAAUCAUGAAAACGAAGAAGAAAUGGAAUGCGAAAAGACGGGCUUAGAAAGUGUUCAAGAAGAAAUGAUGAAGUCGGAUCAUAGUGUUUGUUAUGAAUGUAAUAAAAAUCAAAGUUUUGAUUAUGAAAGUAUAUAUAAACUUGCACAGCCAUUGUCACGGAAACCAGAUGGUGCAUCUAAUCCUAAUUUAUCAAGUGACUUUGAACUGCAUGGUAAAACACCACCUAGUGAAUAUGUUAUUAAUAAUGUUCAGUUUGUUUCUAGUCAAGAACAAGAUUCUACCUCAGAUGUGUUAAAAGACUUGUCUCUCAAAUAUACUUUAGAGCGGGAUACUUCGAUCAGCAAGACUUCUUCAAAAUCUAAACCACCGCUUCCACAAAAAUCAAUAUCACGUUCAUCAUCAGCAGCAUCGAGUCCUGCCCAAUCAAGAGACGCAUGUAAAUCUACUAAAACAUCAACAUCUUCAAUACCUUUGUCAUGUAGUAAAACUAAAGAAAGGGUCCGUCAGUUGUCAUCUGAUUCCAGCUCAGUACCAAUCAGUAGUAGUCCGUCAUCUGUGUGUAGUGCAUCGUCACCAUCUACAAGUAGACUGCCUAUUCUUUCAAAUAGUAAGACAAAGUCAAAAACGAAAAAAGGUGAAAAGGGUAAACUUCACAAUGUUAGGAUUAACGAGUUAAACAUUAGUCGAGGAACCGAUUCAGACAGUGGUAAUGAUAGUGGAAUUGUUUCUUACGAACGUAGUUUACUUUCUCCGUAUAGUACUGUGACGAAACCUCGGACACCGAGUCACUCGAGUAGUGGCCACGGUAGUGAUAAUAGUAGUAAUGUUAGUGCAGAGUUACGAUCUCAUUUAAAACUGGAUAAAAUUCAUGGAGGGACGAGUAGUGGUUACGAGAGUAUGCUGAGGGAUAGUGAAGUGUCUGCCUCAUCUUCAACUCAUGAAGAUAGUAAUAGUGAAUCUUCAGAAGACAAGAAAAAACAGAAAAAAGGUUCAAGAAGAAGUCGGUCUGCACCAGCUAGAUCUGAUAGUAGUGAAGGAAAGAAAAGUCCCUCAUCAAAAGCCUGGGUUGAUACUAGACAGAUACAGAAAAUAAAAGAGGAACCAUUCGAGAUCAAGUCAUAUAACAUGGAUGAUGUGGAAAGAUUGGGCAGACGGAGACAGGAUGAAUCACAGGACUCGGAAACCAAACCAAAAGAUCUGAUAUGUAAACAUGAGGACAGGAACCAGUCAUACUUUGAUUGUAAAUUUCUUAUGUGUUUCUGUCGGAACAAACCCAAACAAACGGAGGUGUAACAUUGUGUUCAGUUCAACUUGGUGCUUAUUUUUAACUUAGUGCUAAAAACAUUACUUUGUAUGCAAAACAGAUUUGUAUGCAAUUUUUUCUACGUUUUUUAUUACCAUUGGUAAACUAAGCAGUGUAACUGCUUGGGUUUUAUUUACAUUAUUUCAUGCCUUUUUGUGAUAUUUUUUCGUUAAGACUGUACAAUUUGCACGAUUAUGUUUUAUUUUGGCGGAAAGUUUCAUCAAUAUUGUGAUUAUAUGUUUGUAUAAUAUUUAAGAUUGUUUUGCAAUAUAUUUCAUAUUUUGUAAAGUGUAUUUUCUUUUCUACCUGUAAUUUUUUUAUAUGAUUAAUUUCAAAUAUGAAUUUCAAUAUGAUUCACGUAGAUUGAAACCAUAGAUUAAUAUCAUGAUAAUUUUUAGUGUUGGUAUGAUUUUUUUUUAGCAAUAUUUUCAUUUUUCAUUUACUGCAAAAAAUAACAUUGAUAGAUGUUUUUCACACAUUUUCAUUUUUUUAAAGAAAUAUGUAUAAAUUUCAAAUGUUUACAUUUUAAUUUAAAAUAAACGACUUGGAUAGUCAAACAUAACGUAUAUUUAUGUGUUUUUGGUUUUGUCUUUAAAAAUCACUUUUAGAUGUUGAAAAGUUAAGUUUAUAUGUACUGUGCACAAAAUUUCAAAAUGAUGUUUUCAUUUGCUAGAAAAUUUGUCAUUAAUAACCCAACUGUUUUCACUGGACAGCAUAGUCAAUAAUAGUCAAUGCUUGAAAUUAUGUCCCUUUCCUGUUUGUUCACCAAGUUAUUUUUAGCUCAUAGAGAUAUAUAAGUAAUAAAUACCCUUUGAAAUGUGCCUUUCCACUAGCAUUCAGUAUUAUGGAAUAGACGCUUUACUAAAACUGUAUUAUAGAUCUGGUUACAUGUUAAUGAUAUACUUACAUUUUUUCUGGUUAUUAUAUAAGAUGGUUAAUGUUCUUUGUUUUAAUGCCCUCUUGCAUAAACUCAGCUACCUCAUUUCUAUUCAUUAACAUGUUAGACAUUUAUUUGAUCCUUUAAAAAAAAAAUGUUUAUUUUCGAAAAUUAUUGCAUUUUACAUUUCAAAAAUAUUUACAUCGAAAUUUUAUGACUGAAAAAUGCAAAAAUGCAAUUUCAACGAUAGGUUGUAAGAUCUUUUAAAAAGCAAUUAUUUUUGCAAGAAAAUUUGUUAAAAAAAAUUAUAUAAAAUGAUCAGAAAAUUUAAAUGUAAGGUAAAGGGAGAUAAUCCAAAUUAAUUUCUAUCUUCUGUUCAAUUUGUUCUACAAUGCUUUGAAGAACUUUGAUUUCAAUACAUAAGAAACCAUAAUUCUGUAGCAGUAGCUUGUAACCAUCAUAGUACAUUUUUACCAGAGAGUUUGUACUGUAUAGUUAUGUUUGAUUCGACUGUACAUUUUUGUAUUCAUUAUUUAUUUGUACAGUGUACUAGAAGUACUAGCAUUGAAAGCCAAAUUUAAAAAAAUAUAUUUGUAAACUGA